UUCGCCCCUGAUUUGUUGCAACACGUGUAGUGAUUACAAUUUUUUUUUGGUUUUAUUAUAACGAUUGAUAUUUGAGUGAAUCCCGGCGAAAUGGGCAAGCCAAAGAAGUCCAAUGUGGCGGUGAUCAAGAAUGUGAACCUGGAGAAGCAGAUCACCGAGGGCAAGGUGGCCAAGAACAAGACCAAGGAUAAGGUCAAACUGCGGGCCGAGGAAUCGUCGAACAUCGAUGCCAGGAGCAGCCAGAAGAUUCUGGCCGCGGCCAAGCUGCAGCAGCUGGAACUGGACGAGGAGAACUUUCCCAGUUUGGUGACCGUCAAGAAAGUCAACUUCAGUCUGAACGACGGAAUCGCCAAGGAGGAUGAGGAGGUCAACGAGACCGACUUCAUGGCCGAUUUGGACAUGGAUGACGACGACGUGGCCGCCUUCGAGCGCUUCCAGAAUCCCGCGCAGGAGGGCAAGCGCACGCUGCACCUCUCCAAGAUGAUCAUGCAGAAGAUCCAGGAGAAGGAGGCCGACAUACACACCAAGAUCUCCGACGAGGGCUCGCUGAAGAUCGAGGAGAUCGACCCCAAGGUGAAGGAGAUGUACGAGGGAGUGCGCGACGUGCUGAAGCGCUAUCGCAGCGGCAAGAUCCCGAAGGCCUUCAAGAUCAUACCCAAGCUGCGCAACUGGGAGCAGAUCCUGUUCAUCACGGAGCCGCACAAUUGGAGCGCCGCUGCCAUGUUCCAGGGCACCCGGAUCUUCUGCUCGGUGCUCUCGCAAGCGAUGGCCCAGCGUUUCUACAACCUGGUCCUGCUUCCCCGCAUUCGCGACGAUCUCUGCGAGUACAAGAAGCUGAAUAUGCAUCUGUAUAAUGCAUUGAAAAGGGCCCUCUUCAAGCCGGCCGCCUUCAUGAAGGGCAUCAUCCUGCCGCUGCUCGAGGGCGGCGAUUGUACGCUGCGCGAGGCCAUCAUCUUUGGCAGCGUGGUGGCCCGCAGCUCCAUUCCCGUCCUGCACUCCUCCGCCUGCCUGCUGAAGAUCUGCGAGAUGGCCUACUCGGGCGCCAACUCGAUUUUCAUCCGCUUCUUCCUGGACAAGCGCUAUGCUCUGCCUUAUAGGGUCGUGGAUGCGGCUGUUUUUCACUUUCUCAGAUUUGAGAACGACAAGCGUGAAUUGCCGGUGCUAUGGCACCAGAGUCUGCUCACCUUUGCUCAGCGCUACAAGAACGAUAUAUCCUCCGAGCAGAGGGACGCACUGCUGCAGCUCCUGAAGAAGAAGAGCCACUUCAAGAUCACUCCCGAUGUGAGGAGGGAGCUGCAGGCGGCCAGCUGCCGCGAUGUCGAGAUGAUGGAGACGGAUAAUGGCCUGGCUGGGCAGCCGGCCAAGAUGUACACAGAUGCCGACGUGGAGUACGAAGGCUGAGGCGGGAUUAACCUAGGCUUAAUUUAAGAAUGAUAUUGUUUUACUAUUUAAUAACACGAUAGCCCUUAUAUAUGUAAAUAUAUACCUACAUAUGCAGUGAAAA